CCGCCCAUGAUGCCACGACAGGGCGGAAGUGUCGUCAGUGCGCAUGUUCGGUCCGGGAGGGCCAAACGUUUCUACGACGAGUCGCCCACACAACUUUACACCAUUCGUUAACCAAGAAGCGGCAACUUAUUAGGAGCGUUAUCUUAAUAUCUCGUCUUUUGUAUCCUCUUUCAAACUAUCGCACUGUGGAAAUACCGAGUAUCGCUACUCAACACAUAUUUAUGUGACGAGUUUCCCCUCGCCGAUUGUGGUUUUGAAAUGGCUUUGUAACCCAUCUGGUUUUAUUAAAUCCUUGGAAAGUGGGCUGCUGACUCACCCUAUCAUGGGCCCCCUCACAACUCCUAAAAAAGGAAGAGAAGCACGAUCCGUUGAUCCAUGGACACCCACCUCCAACCUCAAAAUGCUCAUUAGUGCUGCUAGUCCGGAUAUCAGGAACCGUGAGAAGGAGCUAUGUCCGGACAUCAAACUGCAACAAGUUCUUGAUUCUACACCGGACGUUGGAGAUGGAGAUGAGUCUGAGAGACUGAUCAGCAGAAAAGAAAAGAGUCUGGGUUUACUUUGUCGUAAGUUUCUCGCCCGCUACCCAGAUUUCCCGGACCCGACUCACACCAAUGACAUCUGCCUGGAUGAUGUAGCCACCGAACUGAGUGUGGAACGCCGUCGCAUUUAUGAUAUCAUGAAUGUGCUGGAGAGCUUGCACAUGGUGAGCCGUUCUGCGAAGAACCGCUACAUGUGGCACGGAAGAACCAAACUGGCCCAGACACUGGCCGUCCUGAAGCAGGUGGGUGAGGAGCAAAAGUACGGCCAGCAGGUGCUGCAGAUACGACAGCGCUUAGUGGAUACGGAGUUUGAUUUCGACGGCGAGGAGAAAGAGAACAACGAGGUGGUAGACUCGGUGAGGAGCGAGAUCGGCCAAAAGGAGCUCUUCUUUGUUGAACUUCCAGGAGUCGAGUUCAAAGCAGCCUCUGUUAACAGUCGGAAGGACAAAUCUCUGAGAGUAAUGAGCCAGAAGUUUGUCAUGCUCUUCCUGGUCUCUGAUCCUCCUGUGGUCAGUCUGGAUGUAGCUGCUAAAAUCCUGAUCGGAGAGGACCAGGGUGCAGAUCAGGAUAAGAAUAAAUUCAAGACUAAAGUGCGACGACUUUAUGACAUCGCUAAUGUGCUGCGGAGCCUGAAGCUUAUUGAAAAGGUCCAUGUAACAGAAAAGAGGGGGAGGAAACCGGCAUUUGAAUGGAUCGGCCCAAAUGACCUCCCUAAAGUGAAAGAUGUGGCAAGCCCCACUUCCGCGUGUCCACACAAGACAACAAAUGUGCUUGAGUCCCGCUCCACUGUAGACAACUGCACCAAGAACCUCUUUUCAUCACCUCGCACUAAGCGAAGCUUCACGCGUCACCCAUCCCUCAUGAAGCUAGCCAAAAGCAUUCAGGAUGACCGGCGCAAGAUUAGCUCAGCCCCCAGUAGUCCUGCUAAGACUGCCUUCAGUGAUUCAAUGAAUAACGAUUUCCCGAGCAAAAUGGCCCAACUUGCUGCCAUUUGUAAAAUUCAACUCGACCAAGAGUCGGCAACCGGAGGCAAAGCUCCACAGGCAGUUCCCUCCGUGACAAAAACAACGGUAGUGAGGCUCCAACCAGCCACUUCCAGCUCAGGGGACCCGCCUCAGGCAUGGAACCUAAAUUCAAAUGAGGAGACUGAAUCCAACCCAAAUGCGCAUGGCACCCCACUGGCACCCCAGCCCUCGGGCAGUGUAGCAUACAUCCCUGCACAAUGCUCACCCCUCAUCCCCGUCGUUUUACCUCAGAAGCAGGGGGGAGGACCCUAUGCUGUCUAUUUGCAUCCAGCUUCUCUCAGGCCCAACACUCUGGCCAGACCACAGCCGACGAGCUAUGCCGUACGCUCGAUGACCUUUGAGGAGAAGACUGGGCGGAGUCCUACAGCCCCGAUAGCCACUAAGAACCAGUCCACCUCAAAGGUGUUGGAUGGGAGCCCUCUUUCGGUGAAACGGCUGUGUUCUGAUUCAGCUGCGGAGAGCAUUCCUCCUAAAGCCAAACGGAGCAACUCAACCCUCAAGGACGCUUCCCCAAAGCAGUGCGACCUUCUUCAGGCUCGUCUGAAGAGCCGCCGCAGCUGUCAUCUCUCCAGCCGCCCAUCGCCCCGUGCCCUCCACCUGGAUCCAGAGUUCAUCAACACUCCUGGCGGCCCUGUGGCUUCUCAUUCUCUGGAACAUAGUUUGGAAACCUUCCUGAACAAGGAUGACAAAGCGGCGACCUCUGACAGUGAGGUGGGAUUAACACCCAUCAGAGCUGUACCGCUCACACCCGGAAAUCUUAACACUGAGACUUUAGUGCCAGCUGGAUAUCUGAUCCCGCUCUCCCAGUCUGUGAUCACCUACAAGGAGAAUCAGGGCUCAGCAGGAGAAAGCAACAAAGCAUCUUCUCCUGCUUAUGUUUUCCAAACACCUACUGCAGGUUCCAGACCACCAGUCCAGGAAGUGACUCCUACUAGCCUUCGUCUUCCCAAACCGGCUGCCGCCAUGUCUCCCCACUCAACCCAGCAACCCCAUCGCCUCCACAGCCCGAGCCCUGCUAUCAUCAACUUCACCCUGCAGAACCUGGGCCUCAUAUCCAGCCCCAGCCCGGGAAAUCCCUUCACCUCACCACACACCCCCGAGCGCUCCAACACACUGGGCAGCCCUUUGACUCUGCAGCAGAGAGGGAUGGUUUUCAUUAAGCCCCUGUCGCCUGUGACGGUGCAGCAGGCCCAGCAACCAAUGGCCCUAUUCAGCGUUCAACAGCCUCUCAUGGCCACCCCCAAAGGAUUGGGGCUCCCCCAGCACAACUUCUUUCACACACCCGUUCCCGUCUCCCCUCUGGCUGCUGCAGUUGUCGCACCCAGUGGACAAACGGCCCCUAAAACUGUUUACAUCCCUCAAAGGAAACUGGAUGUCAGUACCGAAGAGGCGCUGUGAUGUCCAGUGUGUGAUGGUGUGUGUGUGUGUGUGUGUCAGUGGGAGAGGGUGUGUUUUACAACCAUUUUUCUUGAUUACUUUGUUUAGCAUUUUACAGUAUUCAUUACCUGUGGACAUUUCACAGAAAACUAAAGGAAUGUAAAUGAGAUUUUAAAGCCAUUCAGCAGAUUGUCAUGUCAGUAAGCAUACCGUUUUCUUCUCAGUCUUUUAAUGAGCUUGAUUUUUUUUAAAUAUAUAUUUUUUUGAUUUCUGAAAUUGUAAUCAGAAAUCAGAUGUUUUUUUGUCUAAAAGUGUGAAUGAAACAUUGAUGUAUUUUGAUUUUCCAAGUAAUAUAAAGUAAUGAGAAGACCUUUGCACAUAUGUACAUGUUUACAAAUACCCUUUUUAAUAUGUAAUAUUUCUGUUCUAUGUAAUGUUAAUCAAACCUUUUGACCAGGUUUAAUUUAUAAAGAAAUUGCCUUCAUUUCUGAUAUCCUGCUUUAUGUAAAAUGCUAAAUCACUUUUAAAAACACGUUU